AUGGUAGAUGAUAAUAUUGUUGAAGCUUCUAUUCGCCUUGAAGUACUUUCACAUGAUGAUGAUGAUGAUAACCAACAUAGUCCUGCUCGUAGUCAAAGUCAGGAUAUCCUUUUAAACAGAGUUCAAACGCCUCCAAUAACACGAUCACGAUCACGAUCACCAUACACUGUUUCAAGCCCAGGUUUAAAUCGAAACAUAAUGACGACACCAAGUUCUGCUCAACUUAUUGAUGAAAAUCGAUAUUUAAAUGAUGAACUGAAUCGAGUCGAAACAAUACUUAAUUUAACUCGAGCUGAAAAAGAUGAAUUAAGUAUACGGUAUAAUGCUUUAUCUGAUCGGCUUGAGCAAUCCUUACGUGCACAAGGUAUUGAUAUAUCAUCAGAUUUCAAUAAUGGUGAACCUGAACAACGUAUUCUUGUUCAACAAAACAUUGAUUUACGACGAAAAAUUGAAGAAGAACAUCAAAAUUACAAACGUAAAUUAUCGAACUAUCAAGAAGGACAAUUAAAACAAGCACAACUUGUACAAAAACUUCAACAAAAAGUUUUACAAUAUAAAAAUCGAUGUACAGAACUUGAAUUAUUAAUUGAACAGCAUAAAAUGGAUAUGGAACGUAUUCGACUUACUUCAGCUAGUAAUGCUCCAUCUUCAUUGAUUUAUGAAUCACGUAUAACAGAAAAUACUGAUGACGAAAAUAUAGCAACAAUUACACUCGAAGAAGAAAAACAUAAAUCAGCUAAUCUUGCACAAUUAAAUACAAUAUUACGAGAACAACUUGAUCAAGCUCAUUUAACUAAUCAACAAUUAAACGAAGAUUUACGUCGUACAACAUCUGAACUUCAAAAAUUACGUGAAGAUUUUACACAAAAAACACGCGAUUGGAAACAAGAAGAACGAGUUUUUAAUCAAUUUUAUAAUAAAGAACAGAAUCUUAUGUAUGAAUUAUGGCGUGAUAUUGUUUCAUUUCGUAAACAAUUUAUUGAACUCAAAGGCACAACUGAACGUGAUUUAACGCGUGUUCGAAAUGAUCUUGCACAAACAGGACGAUCCUUAACAAGUGCUUGUUUUGGAUUUUUAACUGUAGCAAAAACAGCUGAAACUCAAGGACAAGCUGCAUCGGAACGUGAACGUCAUGAUCGUACAAAUUUAGAAAGUCAAAUUCGAGAGAAAACACGAGAAAUUUCAGAUCUACAACAAAGAUUACAAGAAAUAUCAUUGUUAAAUGAAAAAUUACGUUUUCAAUUGGCUGAAAAAGAUGGCACUAUUACGACUUUAACACGUGCUAAUCAAAUUCAACAUCAAGCAACAGUUAGUUUCAUUUUUUCUAUGAUACUCUUAAGAAAUGAUCGAGGAAACUUUCAAAGUUUUAUCAAUCUUAUAUAG